GUUCGUUGACCGGUACUCAGAACCAUGUUGGCAGUCUGACGUCAUUCUCAUAGGUCGCGGAUCGGAUGGAGGAUCAGGAGCGCGAGCUGGAGCGCGCGCGGCUAGCUAGCUAGCGUAUAGCUAGCUCGAGAUGAGUUACCGUAUAAAGUUGGUCAAGAUGUCGUACAAACCGACUGCUGUGAAAAGACUUCCACGUGCCAAGGGACAACCAAGCAAAGAGGCGCUGUUUUGGAAGAAUUUUGAAUUUCCAGUAACUGUCAAGGAAUAUGGUGCUGUAACCGACAUUGACUUUUCUCCUGUUGAGCCUUAUAACUUUGCUGUCUCGAGCUCUACAAGAGUUCAAAUCUACAAUCCGUUAACAAACCAGAUUGAGAGGUCCUUGUCUCGUUUCAAGGGCGUUGCGUAUGGAGCUAGCUAUCGUCAAGAUGGUAAACUCAUGGUGGCAGGAGGGGAUGAAUCGUUCGUGCGUCUCUUUGAUCUCUCGGGCCGUGCCGUCCUCAGAAUCUUCAAAGGGCAUCAAGGGCCUGUCCAUGUUGCCAAGUUUGCAGCGAACAAUCAGGUGAUGUCGUGUUCAGAUGAUAACACGGUCCGUUGUUGGGAUAUACCUAGUGAAGAAGAAGUCGUCCGUUUCUCAGAUCACACUGAUUAUAUCAGGUCAGGAGUCAUUAGCCCUAGUAGCAAAGACAUCUGGCUUACUGGAUCAUAUGACCAUUCUGUGAAGAUGUAUGAUUUGAGGACAGGUUCUAGUAUUAUGAGUGUAGACCAUGGUCAGCCAGUGGAGAGGGUUAUUAUGUUCCCCGCAGGAGGAGUAUUCUUAUCUGCAGGUGGAAACUAUGUGAAAGUAUGGGAUGCCCUUGCUGGGGGCCGUCUCCUAGCAACAGUAAGCAAUCAUCACAAGACCAUCACAGCUAUGUGUUUUAAUGGAAACAAUUCAAGACUGCUUACUGCAUCUUUGGACAGACAUGUGAAAGUGUAUGAUGUCACCACAUAUCAGCUGGUUGCCAGUAUGGACUACCCCGCACCUAUUCUAUCUCUUGGUAUCUCAUCUGAUGACAAGACACUUGUUGUUGGCGCUACAUCAGGACUGCUAUCCAUCAAGCAUCGCAAACCGGAUGAUGAGCUACAGACUUCCAAGCCUCAUAGACAACGGAGUGCAGGAGCUAAUAGUAGAUACUAUGUCCAUGGCAAGGUGUUUACACCUAAAGAGGAUGAUAUGGUAGUCACUCACAUCAACAAAGAUCAUCUUGAGAAGUAUGAUAGAAUGUUGAAGAAGUUUGAACAUUCCAAAGCCUUAGAUGCAGCUCUUCAUCCAAAUGUUAGAUUACGAACACCCCAUGUGACCUUCAGCUUGCUCCAAGAAUUGAUCAGACGUGGUGUUGUGAAGAGCGCCCUCUCUGGUAGGGAUGAUCGUUGGCUGUGUAUCAUAUUGACCUUCUUGAAGAAACACAUAUCAGACACAAACUUCACUCCCAUUGCUGUUGAUAUUUCUAAUAUUCUCUUAGAUAUCUAUGGUCCAGUGAUGGGCGAGAGUGAGGAUGUUAUGAAGCGGUUCCAGGCCUUGCAAGUAGGGCUUCAGCAGGAGCUGCGCUACCACACGACGCUGGAGGAAAUCCGAGGGAUGCUGGAUACCAUCCUGGCUGCGUCCCAUUCUCCAUCCUCCAUCACCAAGGAAACCAUCAACUUAGAUGAGCCAAGGGUGGACAGUGAUGAGAGGAUGAACGCCAAUGGACUUGAGAUGGGGGCCACAUGACAGUAAUGAAUUUCAUGGAACUAUGUCACCUUGUUACAGGACCCUUUAGUGGAUCAUUCAAACGUUUUGGUUGAUGUUAAAUCUUGUAUGGAAAAGAAACCAGGGCCCGUUGGAACUCUUCGAAGACAGGGCCUGGGACUCCUUUUGUCAAAUUGGAAAUCUUAUCUUAAUUGAUGUGGACAUUUUAAGAGUCUUCAAUAAAGAUUGAAAUAACUUAAUCUGGUAUAAAACUGUUCUGGAGAGUGUCUCAUGGAUCAUGAAAAGACUUGUCGGACGUUUUAUCCAACAAGUCCUGUUUUAUCCGACAGUUACCGUAGUAAGAGGGCUUCUCCUCCAAUCAAACUCAAGGAAAGUUGUCGGAUUCAACAACUUGUCAGAUGAAUAAUGGUGGCUGAUAUGCUCCACUGGUACUUUUGUUGUUGUUAUACACUAGGAAAAGAAACUGUAAACUCUCAUUCAGUCGAAAACAAAAUUUUCUACUUUCUACAUAGUUAAAUCAUCCCUUUAAUCCUCAAAUUUAGCUGAUACAACAAAAGAGACUACCGGUGUUCAAUUUUUUGUGUUACUUCACUGAGAAAGCUGUUUACAGUACAUCCCAGACAAAAAAAAAACAAACGAACAAAGAAUUAUCAAUGAUUUAUUGUAACUUAGUCACAAAUAGAAUAGACAAAUAACCCAUCAUAGUAAAGCUAACAAAUCAUCUCAGUUAUGCAAGAUGAAAUACAAGAUUCUAAGCUUUACAAUGAUAGGUGAUUUGCCUGUUGUAUUUGUGAUUAAGGUAUGAAGAAUUAUCAAGAAUUCUCGGUUUCAUUUUCAGUGGAACGCUCUGUAUAGUGAUGCAAAUAUGUCAAAGUUUAAAAAAUGAAUUUAGUUUUCAAAUGUCUAUCUCUGUUUCAGUAGGAUCAUUCUGUAAAAUUACAGAUUUAUCAUAGUUUCCAUUAUUGCUUUAGCACAAAACAGUAGCAAACAUAUGAGAAACAGAAAUGUAAAGGUCAAGAGUGAUUUAAUAAUAAAGCAAGUACAUAUCAUAUCUUUGAAAGUGUACUUAAAUAUUAUA